AUGGUGACACUCGAGAUGCCCAUGAAGGUACAACCAAGCGACAUGGUCUCUAUCUUGCAGUUCAUGGAGAACAGCUACAGUCAUGCCUUUGCUACAGUCAUGCCAGAUUUCGAUGAACCCAAGUGGGUAAAGCUUGCAGGUGCCAAGAAUGAUCAUGGAAGACGUGGUAAAAACGAAAGUGAUUCCAAUUCCGAUGGCUCCGGCGCCGGCGAGGUAUCUGUUGGUUCCCUGGGUCAUCCCAACAUGUGCCGUCGCCCCUGCGUCUAUGUCAGCACGCAUCGGGCCAACUGCCCCAAGGGAAGCAAUUGCACCUACUGCCAUUUGAGGCACCCUCAACGUCGCACGACCUUCGACAAGAGGCAACGUGAGUUCCUGCGCAAUCUGAGCGACGCCGAGAUGUUGUCAGUGCUACUGCCAUUUCUGAAGUCCAAGGCUAUGAAGAUGCCACAAAGCGCAUGGAAGGUGGUGAGGCUCUUGGAGGAGAAGUUGCAGUUGGCGGGUGGACCUCAG